GCCCAGCGCGAGGCUUCCUCCGGCCGCCGCCGGCGCUGCGGGCCCGCCCUCGGUCCAGCCGCGGUCACUCGGGCCUCAGCGCGCAUGCGCCGAUCCAAGCGGGGUGUCCUCCCAGGCUCCUUCCCUCGCUCCCUCCCUCCCUCAUCCGGGUCCUGGGCGAGCGGACGCCGUACGCGUGUCCCGGGACCGGGCUGCUAAUAAAGUUGCAGCGAGUGGAAGCGCGCCCAGCUCUGCGGAACUUGAACCAAUGAAAGGAGCCCAUGGCACUUGGGAAGAGAGAUGUCACUCCUCCCUGCUUAAAGGGAGCUUGGCCUUAGGGCCUGCAUGAGUUUCCACCCUUGUUCUUGAGUAGCUGCUGACUUUGAUUACAGGAAGGUCUCUGAAGAUUUGUAUCAAAUGACGUCAAUGGCCAGCUUGUUUUCUUUUACUAGUCCAGCGGUGAAGCGAUUGUUGGGAUGGAAACAAGGUGAUGAGGAGGAGAAAUGGGCAGAAAAAGCAGUCGAUGCAUUGGUGAAAAAACUGAAAAAGAAAAAGGGUGCCAUGGAGGAGCUGGAGAAGGCGCUGAGCAGCCCAGGACAGCCGAGCAAAUGUGUCACUAUUCCCAGAUCUUUAGAUGGGCGCCUGCAGGUCUCUCACAGGAAAGGCCUACCCCACGUUAUAUAUUGUCGGGUUUGGCGCUGGCCUGAUUUACAGAGUCAUCAUGAGCUAAAGCCAUUGGAUAUUUGUGAAUUUCCUUUUGGAUCCAAACAAAAAGAAGUUUGCAUCAACCCAUACCACUAUAAGAGAGUGGAGAGUCCAGUCUUACCUCCAGUAUUAGUGCCUCGUCAUAAUGAAUUCAAUCCACAACACAGCCUUCUGGUUCAGUUUCGGAACUUGAGCCACAAUGAACCGCACAUGCCACAAAAUGCCACAUUUCCAGAUUCUUUUUCCCAGCCCAACAACACUCCUUUCCCCUUGUCUCCAAACAGCCCCUAUCCCCCUUCACCUGCUAGCAGCACAUACCCCAAUUCCCCAGCAAGUUCCGGGCCGGGAAGUCCAUUUCAGCUCCCAGCUGAUACACCUCCUCCUGCAUAUAUGCCCCCUGAUGAUCAGAUGGGUCAAGAUAAUUCACAGCCGAUGGAUACAAGCAGUAAUAUGAUUCCUCAGAUAAUGCCCAGUAUAUCUAGCAGAGAUGUUCAGCCUGUUGCCUAUGAGGAGCCCAAGCAUUGGUGUUCAAUUGUCUAUUAUGAGUUAAAUAAUCGUGUUGGGGAAGCUUUUCAUGCAUCAUCUACUAGUGUGUUAGUUGAUGGAUUCACAGACCCUUCCAAUAACAAAAAUAGAUUCUGCUUGGGGUUAUUGUCGAAUGUGAAUCGUAAUUCCACAAUUGAAAACACUAGGCGACACAUUGGAAAAGGUGUUCAUCUCUACUAUGUUGGCGGGGAAGUAUAUGCCGAGUGUCUCAGUGACAGCAGCAUAUUUGUGCAAAGCAGGAACUGCAACUUCCACCAUAACUUUCAUCCCACCACUGUCUGUAAGAUUCCUAGUAGCUGCAGUCUCAAAAUUUUUAACAAUCAAGAGUUUGCUCAGCUUCUGGCCCAGUCUGUCAAUCAUGGAUUUGAGGCAGUGUAUGAGCUCACCAAAAUGUGCACCAUUCGGAUGAGUUUUGUCAAGGGCUGGGGAGCAGAGUAUCACCGGCAGGAUGUCACCAGUACCCCGUGUUGGAUUGAGAUUCAUCUGCAUGGGCCUCUUCAAUGGCUGGAUAAAGUCCUUACUCAGAUGGGCUCCCCUCUGAACCCCAUAUCUUCUGUUUCAUAGUGCAGAAGUAUUCUUUUCAAUUACAUUAUUGGUGGACUUGUUUUAAUUUUAGAGAAACUUUCAGUACAGAUACUGUGAGCUUACAUGGAAAGCAGAUAUUACAGGUUAUUUUUUUUUCUACAUAAUUGUGACCAAUACAUUUGUAUUUUGCGAUGAAUCUACAUUUGUUUGUAUUCCUGUUCACGUGAUUAACUCUGAGGUGUUAUGAAAGAUACGAAGAAUUAUGCCCCAGGCCAGAAGUUUGCAUUGCGCUUAAACUGGAACAUGCUUUUGCUUUAUUUUUACAGUAAUUUUUUGUUUGUUAAAUUUUUUGAAAAAGGAAUCGCAUGGUAAAAAAUGAAAAUAGAGUAUAUUGGAGAGUAAGCCUUCCUCCCGCGGUUGAUCUUCCAGAGACUAGUUUUACCACCAUUUUUGUCCCGCUGUUUUUAUAAAAGUACAGUUGAUUGGUUUACAAAAGCGUAAGAUAGGGCUUAAGAGGAGUUCUGGGAGUCUUGGGUUAGAAGAACACUGUGCUCUCCUCGGCAGGGAGUGCUCAGUAAGAGUGAUAGUUUUCUAGAUGCCAUCCUAAAAUUCACCUUUGACAUAGCUAAGUGUUUAUCAGUGUAAUGUGAUUUUAUGCUGUGUACCUUUUAUAAGACAUUUCCCUUUUAAAAAUAAUAUUGCAAAUAACGGAUCUCUAGUAUAUGUCAUUUACUCAGAAUCUGUCGUAAAUACUACUUUAUAGCCAGUGACAGUGCAUGCAUGGCCGUGGCAGCUCUGCUGCUUUUGGCCAGUGUUGCGAGAACUCUAAUUUUUACAUGCAUUAGUCUUUUGUUUUGCACUUUGAUGGGUGGCAUUUCUUAGUGUGAGCUUCGGUAUAACACUCAAGUGACUUGGAUGUAGAUGCUUUAUCCUUACUUCCUUGGUUAUCCCUUUUGUAUUAAUAAACAGUGCAACUUUUAGACUACAGAUGUAGAAAGUUAGGCUUUUUCCUUUUCUUUUUUUUAUUUUCAACUUAGGUUUUUAUAAGACUGUUAUUGUGUAGCUCCAACAUCAGGUGCCUUUUUAACUCCCUAUGAUUGUAUGGAUGUUAUUAAUGUUGGAAAUCACGCACUUAAUGCUACUGCUUUCUUUCAGCCCACUCAUGUGGGGACCUUUGUCCUGUAGCUCUGGGGGUGGCCCUUCAGUGUUGUCCCCAAGGAGGAGAUUUCUAGCUCAGUAUCCAUAUGAGUUGGCAGUGAAUAUUGGCAUGGCUGAUUUUUGGAAUUUGUAGGAUCUUCAGACUUUCUUCUCGCCAUCAACGCUCUGUUUCCAUUUUAGUAGCCUUGCGGAUGCUAGACUCCCAAAAUAUAGUCUUCAAAGAGGAAAUAUCUGAUAACCCUAAAAUGUUAAUAGAAAAACUUUUAACCACUUUUUAUAGGGAGCAGUUUAAUGGGCAGUUAGUUGUGGCAAGAAAAUAAAUAAAGACGUUAUUUGGGGAAAAAAACUACCUGAUUUACCCAACACAAGUUUUAUUUUCUGGUGCCUUUUGAAAAUAUGUGGAGAUGAUGUCGUUCUUUUGUUUAAACUGUUGGCUUGACUUUAUAGUUUGCUAUUUUUGCUUUUGUGGGAAAAAAAGUGUGUCUUUCAAGGAAAGGAUUAUGCAAUUUCUUUUGUCGUCUGUGCCAUUAUUUAUUGUUUUUUUUUUUUCAAAUGCAGCCAGUAGGUGGUUUGAGUUCUUUGAGGUGAAGGCCAUUGGUGUCCCAGCUCAUCAUUCUUGCUAGGUGACAGAACCACUUAGUGACAAUCACCUGAGCCUUAACACACGUGUUGUAGCCAUGCAUCGUUGCUCUCUCAGAGCAUUGGUAGCCACCUGGCAAAGCCAUUUGCUUGACAUCUUCAUUUCUUUGCCAGCAGAGGCACAUGGCUCAGUCUUUGGAGCAGAUGUGUGGUAAAGAAAAAAUUUACUCAAGUUGAGUGAUGGAAACAUGUAUUAAUCUUCAGCAGCUUCUAGUGGUAAACCUAAAAGAAUCUGUUGCACAGUUUUUGGGAUGUUUUGAACUGAGAGUUAAUUAAAAAUUAUUUUUAUUUGUGGCCAUGAUGUCACAGCUAUUGGAAUUAGGAUUUUAUAUCAUUUUCUUUUUUGUUGUUGCCUUUAAGGUGUAGCUCAUAAAUGAUAGUACUGAAGCUGUUAACUGUUGGGAGUUUCAUGGAGAAGUAUAAACUUUUUUGUGUGUUUACUAAAAGUUGUGAACUUGGCACCUGUGGAUUUUAAUGAAAACUUCAUUCA